UGGAACAUUGCUCUUUAAAGUAUAUAAUAGGUAACAUUGUUAAUGUAUAAAUGAUUCAUUAACAGUUUUAUUCUAAAGGUUACAUUCUAAUCUGAAGAUUCUAAUCAAGUAGGUAAACAUAACCUAUAAAAAUUAACAGAUGACAGCAGUGUCAAAGCCAAGUUUUCGCAGUUUGAUCGAAGAUUUGUGAAAUAAAAAUAUGAAAUCAAAGGACGUAAAUCUGUAGUCCUUAUAUAUUCAUAAUAACUAAAUUAAGUCUUUGAGAACUUUUUGGAACACCAAUAUAGAUAAAUAUAUUUCUGGCGUACAAAAUCCCACACGCUUGGAACUACUAAGUACAUCAUAAAAUAUCCACGAAAAUAUCAGCUAUUAUUUGCGAAGAAGUAAGAGCAACAGAAAAAAUCUUCUAGAAAUGUUUGAAAAUACACAAUUUAAUCAUCAAUCUCCAUGCUACAAGAUUUGAAGAAAAAAAGAUUAAAGUAAAAAUAAUCUUUACAUGAAAAAAGGCAGAAGAAAAUAUUUUGAAGCGGUUUUUGUUAUACAAAAAAUGGAGAAUGAAAGUGUAGAUCCUGAAUCUGAGAUCAUGGAACGAUUAAAUCUCCUUGAAGAAAAAGUUGAGGCACAAAGAGCUUCUGUUGAAAAAAAACUGAAACUAAGAGUAAGAACGAUUAAUGAUGAAACAAUUACGCCAUGGAAGAGUGAAAUCUUUUGGAAGUUCUAUUAUGCCAAUUCUUGUAUGGUCUGUCACAUUACUGCUCGUGUUGAAAGUUGCAAUCGUUGUAAAAUGAUUUUCUACUGUGGAGAGAAGCAUCGAAAAAAGCAUUGGCCCGAACAUAAAGAUUUUUGUAAGGUAAUCUUGGGCAUGUUGAAGGAGACUGGAGCAACUACUCUUUUUGAUAAUUUGAAAACUGAUGAUGCGGACGCAUGGAUGAAGACCAAAUUCGAUUUGAUGUUGAAAGCAGAAUCAAAACUUGGAACGCCACUUUUAAACUAUGAAAGAGAAAUGUUCCUGUUUCCAAAAACCUGUUUCGUUUGCCACGAAAGCGACUUGAGCGUUUUAAAAACCUGUAAUUGCGGGAUAAGUCUCUGCAAGCAACACAAAAAAGACGAAAGGCAUCAGAAACUUUGCGAUAAAUAUCACAUGAGCUUCAUACUGGCCUUGGAAAUGGCUAAUAUUCAACCCUAUCCUCUUCUUCAAUUUGAAGCACAGGACAUAGUGAAAUUUGAAGAAUCCAGAGAAACAAUACCAGUUCACACAGAAAUUACAAAACUGCCGAAUUCAAUGCAAGAGUUUUUAAAAACCUAUAUGAAACUAAAAGGAGAGACUGCCAGAGAAGUAAAAGCUCGCACUCAUCAUCGAAUUCAAAUUGUUUCUGAAUUUAUUUCUAGACCGUUAACUCUUCUCUAUGCGAUUCAAAAACUUAAUUUGAUGUCAUCAGCUAAGCUCAUGGUUCAUGUAGUCGGUGCGACUCAUAAUGAAUUUUUUCUUGCGGAAUACUGGGAAAUUCUUUUGCACUGGAUUCCGGCUUUAAAGAACAUGGAAGUGGCGUUCGUUGGGCCGGAACUAAAAAGUACUUAUAGCAUCUUUAAUUCCGUCUGCGCAUCUUGCAAGCUUAGGAAAAAGUAUAUCGACUCUGUAGGUCUAGCUGUGACAUAUGAGGACUAUUUCAACGAAACUGACAAAAAUAUUCGUAGCUUCCAAAAACCGGAUAUUGUCAUCGGGUACAAUCUUGAUUUGUAUGGUAAUGAGCUAGGAAUUAUUGGACUAAAUAACUGGAAUUGGGAGGAUGCUUUUUCGAUUUUAAAGAAAGUAAAUGCUCCUUUUAUAUUGACGGCAGCAACUGAGAAGCGAGCCAAAAAAGAUCAAGAAAUUUUGUGCAAAAUUUUGAAGAAAUCUGUUUCACCCCUUUACUGUGAACCAAAUCCUUUUGCGGGGUUGAUUCCUGAAAGAGAUUUUCAAACAGAAGAAUUAAAAUAUACGAAUAAUCAUAUUCUUAUUUAUAAGGGAUUUUAUGAAGAUUUAUCGGAAUCAACCGAAAUUGGCGAAUUGAAGGAGCAGAUCGAAGCUGAGGAAAAAAAUAAAAUUGAAGAAGUUGUUCAAUUUCAGAGUAAAGAUUCUGUGGAGCAAAAUCGACGAUUUAUUACAGUUGGUAAAUUAGAGAAACAAAUCGAAGUUGAAGAAAAACAGAAAUCUGAAGAAUUUGUUGAAUGUCAGGGUAAAGAUUUCGUGGAGAAUAAACGACGAUUUAUUACGGUUGGCGAAUUAGAGAAACAGAUCGAAGCUGAGGAAAAACAGAUAUCUGAACCAAUUUUUCAAUUUAAGGGUAAAGAAAGUGAGACUGCAGUUUCUGAUUUGAAAAAAGAAUCGGAACCGGAAGAUAAGAAAGAUUCUGAUGGUUUUCAAUUGAAGGACGAAGCGACUGAAAAAGACGAACCAAAAGCAGAAUAUGAAACAUCGUCCAGUUUAGAAAUAUUGAUCAAGGAAGAAAAUAGACUUUUGAAGGAAAAUUGUUUACUGAAGGAAGAAAAUCGCCAACUCAAUAGUGAAAAUAAAAAACUGAAACAGGAAAAUGAUCGCCUUAGAGCGGAAAAUCAGCUGAUAAAGGACCUUCGAUCACAAGUAAAAGAAAGUAUUAAAGCAGCGAUGAGUGAGAAACAGUAAUUAAUAAAUUAUAUUUUUAAUUAGAAUUAUUAUUUGUAUAAUGUCAUAUGGUACCAUAUUUUAGGAUGUUUUGUAUAAAAUCGAAUGUCUGUUACAAAAUCUUUUAGGAUUUUGUAUAAAGUUGAAUGAUGAUACGAGUCACUUUUUGAAACUCCAUUUUUUUAUAAUUGAUUUAUAACAUAAUCCCCCGAUAGCACUGAUUUUUAUACGUAUUUUGAAAGUCUUGAAUUUAAUAUUAAUUCAAUCAAGAGACAUUUAUUGUAAAUUUAUACCAUGUAAUUUAGAAAUUUGUUCGACACAAAUUUUAUAAGUUGGUUUUGCGUUUAGUUUUAAGCGUUUAUACAA